CGCCAGCGAGUAGUUUGGUCAGUGGUCAUAUCUUAAAACAUUAGCUUCGUCAUGUAUGACAUUGGUCCGAACAAAAUGGCGGGUAUUGCUCAGUCAUCUCUCUGACUGUAAACAAUAGUUCUCUCGAAUGAAGAUUUACCAUGAAUAAUAGAACUGAGCCCGAAGGAAGCAGCGAUGCUGAUAAGUCGAGGAAACCACGGACACAGCAGCAAAAGAACUCGGAAUUUUUUGCAACACUGGAACAGCUUGAGCAGAGGUAAUCCUUUUUUCAAGAAUUUUUUACCUAUAUUGAAUUUUUACUUUUACAGAGAAACUCCGAUGUAAAAAUAUCAACAAUAAUAUUGAAAUUUUGAUGUAUGAUUAAUGGUUUCGAAUAUUAAGAAUGUUAUGAUGUAUUUCUCUGUGAUUGGAUGCUUUGGAUGUGAUUGGAUUUACUUUUUGAAAGUUUUAUUUUCUCCUAGUUUAAAGAAUAUAUAUGUAUACAUAUUUUUUAAUUAUUUAUGAUUACAAUUUUUGUAAAUUGUCAGAAUUUCUGCCCUGGAAAAGGAUAGAAACACUCCACUUUACAGUCGACGCAGCGAGUUUCGUAAAGACUACUGUGAACUUGAAGAAGUGGAUUUGAAGGGAACAAAUGAAAGAAAAUCCGAGAGUAAGUAGACAGUGUAACUUAGAACCUUCUGAAUUUGUUUAGCCUGAGGUAGAAAUCACUUACUUGAACCCAUAUGCUACUAUCUAAAAAGCAAUCUAACUCGAUUUAAUGAUAAUGUAAGGCAAUUAAAAAAAAGAUGAGAACCCUUCAACUUUUAUUCCUUCCUCUGUUUGAGAAUAAACUAUGAUAAUCAUAAACAGUGAAUUAAUAAGAACCUUUAAUAACAAAUUCAAUCAAUCAGCAGUUAUUGUUCAACUGAGUAUAGCUGGCAUAAGUUUCCUUAUGUUGAAGUAAAAAGUCCACUACUAGAUGGAUUCAUUAUUAGGAAAUGAAAUAGUAGAUGAUCUGAUUUAGAAGAAACAUAACGUCAGUGAAUUUUGAAGCAGACUUCAGUUCGACAAUUUUACUGAGUUGAUCCAAAUUUCACAGCUAUAAAUUCCAGAUACCUUUUUUUUCUCAACGUGACACAAUAAAUAACUAAAGAAAGGCUGGAGAAAAGUAUGAAAACAUUUAGGGUAGUAUAGAUUUAUGAGAAAUGUCUAUGGUAAUGAAACUUUUACAUCCCUGCUUACAUUGGUACCCAGUCAAACCUUUAUUAAGCAGUAACCCAUGAGGAAUGGUGGAGUGACUGGUUAACCCUUUAACUCCCAGAUCAAAUUUUUAAUUCUCCUUACUGUUAACCAUACAAUUAUUAUAAUAUCAGUUCAGAGAAUUUAGUAUCAGAUCAACUAAUUAUUCCCAAAUUGAUAUUUUCUUGAUUCUCGUCACUUAUCUGGUUGAUAUUGUAGUGAUAUUGAAAGGAGAAAUUCUGUCUUGGUCACUUAAGGGAGUUAAAAGGUUAACACAGGUUGACUGCUUAAUACAGGUUCUACAGGUUAUCAUGAAAUAUGAUAAAAAUGCCAUUUUAUGUUAAAAUUGACUACUUAAUGAACAAAAACUUGCUAAAAAAUGUUACUAACUUUCAAUUAAUUUUGGGAGAUCAAAGUGGAUUAAAUUUUCCUUUAAAGAUAAUUCUUAGAUUUAUUUGAGUGGUUCUACUUAAAGUGACUGUUCAAUACAAGCAGAGGGCAAUACUAACUGAGGGCGUUGGGACUUAAUCAAGGGUGACCAGGUGCACUUAGUAUAAGUAACCCCUUAUUAGAAGUGAAAAUUACUGUAAUUAAGAGGAACAAAUCUUUGGACUCGUAAUAGCAACUCCCUAAUAAUAAAGGGUGACUGCUCAAUAUGGUGUCACUUAAUACAGGUUCAACUGGAUAAUGUUACCUCUUGUUCAAAACAUCCUUAUUGAUACUAUUGAUACUGGACUUUUCCUGAAUGCUUUCAUUAUUUUAAAUUAACAGAAAGUAAACUGAAGCAGCAGUUGGGUAAAAUCAGGGCAAAUGUAAACAAGUUCCAGAGAGACUUGCAAGAUGUGAAACCAUCACCAGAGUUUGUGGAAAAACUCAAAGAAAUAAUGGAGGAAAUUGAAAAUUCUAUGAUGACAUUCAAAGAACAGCAGAGAAAAAUGUAAUACAUACUUUUUAAUUGUAAUUUAUAACUAUUACAGUUGUACUAGCAAUAGUUAGAAUAUCAAGUAUUACAUAGAGGGUGGUAGUUUUUAAAAGUAUGUACACUUAAGUUUGAAACUUCUGGAAAAUGAAAGUUUAGACUUGACUCCAAGAUUAUUAUAUGAGAUUACUGGCAACAGCUAAUGCCAACGUUCUGUUUAGUUUUAGUUUCAACCAGAUUACCUUUAUGUCUUUGGAAAAGGUCAUAGAAUUAAUAAAAUGUAGUAGAUGUCUUCUUUCAAAAGCUUGUCAUAUACAUGUAGUCCUGAUUGAUUUUGUGAUUCUUGGCAGCUAUGAUGAGCUGAUGCAUGAAGAGCGAACAUGCCUACAAGAAGUAGCAGCAAUGGAGAAAAAGUUUGAUUCUUGGUCACAGUUGCCUGCACCUGCAACAGCUGCUGUUGAUGUAAAGAAAGCAGCUGGGGCUAUUACAGUUUCACUGCCACCUGCAGUUGCAGCAUUUGAGGUACUUUGGAUUAGAAAUGUUUAUAUGACCUGUAAGUAUCAUAAUAUGUAUUGAGCUUUGAUGAAUCAUGCAGUGGGUGUUGAUAUAGUCAUGAGUUGUCUCUUUGUAUUGUGUUUUUACCACCCAAUUGUAAUUAACACUGGCCUAUUGCAGAGAUUCUUGGCGCAGACUGGUGGACACAGUGGAGGUUGGGAUGACUAUGAUCAACAACUCUUCUUAAAGCUUAAGAGCAAACACAAGGUAUAAAAUGAAAGUUUUAUGUUAGAUUAUCAUUGAUUUUAUAAAACAAGGAAGUACUUUCCUCUUAAUGGAGAUUUAUUGGUUUUUCUCAAGAUGCAGUCACUUCUAGUGUGGAUUGCAAGAACUUUACUUCUUGUUGCUGGUCUUUUUCAGUCUAUUUGGUAUCAGCUUAUAAAGAAUUGUGUUCUUUUGUAAUUGGCUGGUUUUUAAUUGUUGUAAGGACACAAUUUGGCAGUUGGUUGACUCUCCUGUUUUUGUUCUUCUUAACUGUGGGAUCCAUGCUUCUGUAAUUUUAGUGUUGUCACAGUGAAGCCUUAUACGAGUUGCCUCUUUUACCCUGCUUGCAUGUAUUCAUCACAAUGAAUAACCACAACCUUUUUCACAAUCAAAUACUAUGGGACUAUCUAUAGAACCAUGAAGCUUUCAUGCGAGCUGCAGGAUCAGAGAUUCCUGGAAGAAGCAUUGAUGAUGUGCGACAACAUGAUGAAUGGUACAGCGAAUACUUGAUACUCAAAGAAAGUAAAAAGAAAGCCAUCCAAGAAUGGAAAUACAACAAAGAGGUAUGUAUCAUUCACACUUGUUCCAUUCAGCAGCAUACCCUGUUCCUCACUUUUAGCAUGAGUGUCUUAAAGACUUACCUAAUUCUUUGGUUAAGUCAGUAAUGACACACCAGUUAUUCAUCAGACAUGGUGCAUAGCUGACUUCAGUUAUUGCCUAGCGCAGUGUCUGCUGAUGUAUUGAUUGUAUGUUGACUGACAGUGAGGUCAUCUGUCAAGGAAUGUUUUAGAGUAGAGACAACUUUUACCUUUAACUUUUUUAAAAUGCUCACAAGUGUUUUGCAAGAUUUUCCCACAACAUACCAAUACAUUUUCUCACUGAGAGGCAAAGAGAGUGAACAGUAUUAUCAACUGGAGAGUGUUUUGUAGAUAUGCAUUAAAUUCUCCCAAGUGUUUUAUUUGGAAUAUAUUGAAUAUAGAAGGGAGAAUAACUAGAUAAUCAGUUAUCAAGUCAUGAGGGUUAAUUGGCGUCAUUUACUGUCAGACUUCUUCGGCUGUUUUUCUACUGGAUGGAUAGUCUUGGACUCUAUAAUCAAACAUACAUUACAAAACUAUUAAGUAUUCAUUUAAUUUGUUUUCUUGUAACAGAUUUGUUUUGGUUUCCAAUAGGCAAAGAAAGAUGACUUGUUAAAAGAUGAUGAAGAUGAAUUGGAGGAGGAAGAGAAAAUAAAGAGAAGAAAAGAAGAACAAAUAGAAAAGGAGAGAGAAGAAAGAGUUAAGCAGUUAAAUGAAUGGAAGGUAACUAUCUUGGAGGAGUGAGCAAAUUAAGAUUUGAUUUUUAAAAUAAUGAACAUGUAUAUUAAAUAUCUUGGAACUAGUUAACCUCUUGCACCCCAACACCCUAACAUCAGUAUGCAUAUUCUCCAUACUGUUUUCUAUACAAUUUCUAAAGUGCUGAAAAGGAGAAUUUGUUUCUUAAUCAAGAGAAUAUUUAGUUUGUGAUUAUUUCCUUUAUUCUCAUGACCUUACUCUGUGAUGCUGGGGCUAUACUGUUGGGAGAAAUUAGAUGCUAGUCACUCUCAGGGGUUAAAAGGUGAAGGUAGAGAUUUCUGUCCAAGCAAAUAUAAAUACAUAAAUAUAAUUUAUCCUUAGCUCCACUAAGGAUAAGCAUAGCAAGCUUCAAGCAGGAACCAGCUGUGUGACAUGGAGUAACAAACCCCCUUUCUAAACUGCUAUCCACACCUAACUACCAAAUGGAAAGGGGUGUUUCAAUCCCAGCAUGAAUGUUGUUGUGGAGUUGGAUUAAAUGUUCUUGUCUUAUUAUUAUGUAUCAUUGAUAACUCAGAGAACUAAAAAAAAACACUCUUGUACGGAGGAGAUUCAGUAUGACAACAAAUGCGGCCAAAAACACUUCUUCACAUAUUUUAGAAAAUGUUAUCCUGGCUGAACCAUUUACAUCCUAGUAUUGUUAUCCAUAUUCUCCACAGUGUUCCCUUUACAUUUGAUCCCAUACUGAAAAGGAGAAUUUGUUUGAUAAUCGGGAGCUUCUUAAAUUGGUGAUCAUAUCCUGUAUUCCCAUGACCUUCACAUUUGAUUCAAGGGUGAUACUGUAAGGAGAAGUUAGAAGCCAAUCACUCUUACCAGUUGAGUAAAGGGUUAAAAUGAAGUGCUGCUGUGGGAUUAUGUUUAGACUGCAUUGUAUAGUAACAGGCCUUAGGAUGAUGCUGCAUUUCUAAAUUAUUUUUGUUGGAUGACAUUUGGUUUUGGUGAUAUUCUUCUCAGGUACAGAAGGAAUUAGACAAGGCAAAGACAGAGGAAGCACGGCUCAGAUUAGAAAUGAACAAAGCAAGGGAGAAAGAGAGGGAGGAGAGGAAAAGGGUAAGAUAGUUCACAAUCCCAAACACUGCCAAGCUCGGGGAUGGAAGUUGUAACAACACGAUGUGCCUAAAUACCGUAAAUCCUUGAGUUAGCACCAGAAAUAAGCUCCCCCAUCCGAUAAGCCCCUUCAGAACAAGUCCCUCUUCAGAAUAAGCGCCCCUUCAGAAUAAGUGCCUCUUCAGAAUAAGCGCCCCUUCAUUAUAAGCCCCCCUCUUAUUGGUCAAAAUUUGAAAUAUGUACCCCCUUCGAUGAUUCGCCCGUUAGUAAAAAGCGCUCCACCCCGUCUUAACAUGAAUCUGAAAUAGGACACGGAUGCAACUUCGAAGAUUUGCGACAAUUUAACUCAAAGAACAGUCCUCCCUCCGCCUAGAGAGAUAACGUUAACAGUAAACUGCAAGAAAAACUUAACGUAUUACUUAGGAAUUACAUGUACCUUUGACAGAUAGGAAUUCCGGGCCUAGCUUUGCUCUCUUAUGCAACAACAGCAACUGUAAAAGACGAUAAAUAAUGGGACUCGUAAUACUUUAGAAAGCUGCUUCACGGUAUUUCGACGCGUUCUGUAGGGUCUCGAAAGAUUGUCGUUACAGUGAUGACUCCAAAAACGAAAUGGUAGUUUGUGAGAGGGAAAGUCUCCAAAAUGGAACUAAUAGAUGAAAAAGGAACGAGGUUGUUGAACGAUGGUCGAGACCGCACCAACCGUAUUGUAUCUCCCUCAACUUGUUUUUCUUUGUUUUUUUUUUUGCUUUUUUAGCUGGAGAUUAAAGCACAAGUGGAAGAGUACGCAAGACAAAAAGCAGAAGAACAAGCUAUUUUACAAGCAGCACGACACGCGAGACAUCACCAAGAAAAAGAGGCAAAUAAAAUAACCGCGGAAGAGGCAGCGAAAAUACAAGAAAGGGUGAGUAUGAUUUGUGACCGUAAUGUGAUGCAGAAAGUGGGUGGAUCUUACACACAACGGGGAAAGAGCGUGUUGCGUGACAUUAAACAAAGGUUGCGAGCGGGUUUAGGUAGUUGCAUAUCAUAAUUUAUGCAGAAUCUUUUACUUGUAUUGCUUCAGAGCCAAAAGAUGUUAGAUGAACGAAAAGCCAAGUUGAAAGUGAAGGAGGUUCAGAAACAAGAGAAAGAAAAAAGGCUCCAGAAACUAAAAAGUCAGGUAACGGAUUGUUUAAGUAAGCAAGGGAAGCAACAACAGCAAAAAAGAUUUUUCUUGUAUUUUUCCCUCUCUUUUUAUUGGAAGGAAGGUCCAGUCACAUGUCUAACACUUUGCCUCUGACCCAGGUUGAAGUGAAUGUAUCUCGCGACCCAUCUCGACUGUACAAACUUACUGCUGGCUGGGAACAGAGAAAAAAAGAAGGGCCUGGGACGGCUGGACAUGGGCCCAGUCUUCAUAUGCCACACAGGUAUGCAACUCUUUUUUUCCCAUACGAUCCGACCUCCCUUUGUAAGAAUAUUUUUCUCAAUUGCAUAUCAUAAGGAACUCGGGAAUCCAUUGAAUUUGUUCUGUGCGCCAUUGUUGACCGAGCAAUUGCCAUCCCUUCAACUAAUGAGAGGAAAAAUUGAAGCCAGUCGCGACUUGGUCUCUUGCGUGUCCCACGCUUUAGGCCGCCCACGUUUCUUUGCUUCAAGCUCUUUAUUCCCCGUGAUUUUCCCUUUGCUCUGACUUGCCGUUGUGAUAACUUCGGUUGUAAGCUUGAUGGUAUACACAAGAGUGAUGGUUGAAGAAACAGAAGAAAACAGAGAUUCGUGUAAUCAGUGCAAAGUUCUUUUAAAUGAAAUGAGUACUGUUUGAUUUCAGGGCAGUCCCAUCAUGGCGGCAGGGAUUAUCAUGACAGCUAGCUACUCUACAGAACACUCAUCGCCAUUCUGAAGCCCAUGGACUUACGUUCUUUUGCAUUUUUGAUCCUUGUUCAACAUGUAUUACAACUACCUUUCCGUCAUCUUUAAAACGAAAAUUUUCGAUGGCUUUAUCAUCUGUGGAAUGUGAUUCCAUUCUCAUAUCGGGUAAGCUUAAAUUCGCUAAAACGUGGUCAAGAAAGAGCCUGCAGAACAACCGUCAUCUGUUAGCGAGGCGCGCGGAGGUAAGCGCGAGGCAAGAGACCCUCGCAAGGUCAUUUUGUUCGCGCUCCUCCCCUCACGCGUCUCUCCCCUCGCGCUUGCCCACUCCCGCUAUAUGUUGAUAGCUCCUACAGCUUAUCAACAUGUGAACGUUAAUCUUGUUAAUUGCGUUAAGAGGGGCACUGUUAUUUUACUUGCACCUCGUAAGAAGCUGCAUUUGAUAUAAACAUCUUCUGGAGGCCGUGAGUCUUCCAAAGCUUGGAGGUGGGAAACAACCGAGUUGAUAGUGUACAGUUUUAAAUGAAAUUGUGAAUAAAAUAAUUAUUUAUGUGUCAAGGGGUUUUAGAAAUAAUUCUAUACUAUAGAGAAAUUCCCAUUUCCUACUCGAAGCGCAGUGUUAAGAGUUCUAAUGAAAGUUAUUUUGCAAUAAAAAAUAUCGUCGAAGACGUGGGAACACCCAUCACAAAUUUUCCAAUUCUUCUCUUGUUUUCCUCGCAUUGAUAUAUUGGAUGAUCUCUUUACUACCACUCGUACCAAAGCCGUUUUAAAAAUGGUAUUUUCUUAGUGAAAUGUACUAUUUCUUUUUGAAAAUAUUUUCCACAUUCGGCCGAUUUUUGAAACAUUAGUCUUAAAUCCUUUGAAAACGCACCAAACUCUCUUUGUGUUCUUGAAACCGAGAUUUGUUUCUGACCGUGGCCGCGAUUUAGUGAAUAAGCUCGUUGUUUCCGUGCCUUGUUUGUAGACACUGAAAACAUAACGAUCACUAAAAAAUUCUGAACUGCUAAAGAACAGAGCGUUUUAUUCUGUAAUCACUUAUAGAUGUUUACAACUCUCUUCAAAAUAUAGAAGUGAAAAUCUCCCAACUUUGUAAGUACCGUUAAAUUAGACUAAAUAAUUAACUAUUGCAAAAAUCUC